CUGGCACCCUGGGCCAGAAGCCGACCGGGAAACCCCGCCCCCGGCGGAAGUCCGAUCUCACAGGAAGUCCCGCCCCUGUGCCGUACGGAGAUCCGGGAGCUCGCUAGGGACGGUGCGCUAGAGGGACAAACUGCAUUGUCGGGGGAGGGGGUUGAUUCCGCUUUGCGGCUUUCAGCCUGGGGCUUUUCGUUUCUUCCCGAUACUUUGUGGUUAUUUUCGUAGAAGGACGCUCCAGUUAGCUCACAGGCUGUUUCCGUGGUAGUCCACGCUCAUUCUGGAACUGAGUGGGGUCUACCCCGCGCCGAAGGCGUCCAGCGCGCCGGUGCCCUUCCGCUCCGAGAGUGGCUGGCGCGGGCGGACGUCACACAGGGACGUUCCAGCGCGCCUGGAGCCCGCUGCCUGUUUGCAGAAGCCCUCGGUGGGAAAAGGUGGACAGGGGUUCUUCCUCCCUCAGGGCCAGUGUGGGGGUAGGAAGAUCGCAGUUCUUAGCGUGGGUUCCAGAAAUUCUCUGGAUCAUGGAGUUGAGCACACUUACGUGUCUCACAAAGUUUGGUGCAUUGUUUUGAGGUGAAAAUGAAAUACGUGCUUUUAAAAAGUUUAGGUUUGUCACACGACUGAAAAAUAUUAAAAAGAGUUUUAUAAUAAGAGUUUCUUGACAUAUCAUCUACUUUUAAACUGCUUUAGCGUGUCUGCGAAAUAGCUCUCCAAACAGUUGAGCUUUCCAUCAUUCAGCACAAAGGAACAAGGACUCUGAAAAUUUUUGGACAUCAUCCCUGGCAUUACAAAAAAACAAGUUUUGGUCAUUACCACCAGAUCCUGUACAUUUUGGAGUGGAGACACCUCAUGAAAAAUUAGAAAGCAUGUCAGAAUCGGAUGCCUUGAAUUUCAGUGGUCUUUCUGAAGAUUUAACUCACUCAGAUUUUCCCUGCUGUAUGGAAACAAGCCUCAGUGCUUCAGACUUGCCUCAGAAUGAAACAAAAAAUGCAAAGAGGGAAAAUGAGUCUAAACCCAUACUUUCUGAAGAUAUUUAUAGCACUCGAGACAGUUCAGGUGAUAUCAACAUUGGAAGUUACUCACAGAAGAUUCAAAUUGAGCCUAUUAACACCUGCAUUUCUUCGUUGAGACAAUUUGAACCCAUUUGCAAAUUUCAUCAGCUAGAAGCAUUUAAUGAUGAAAUGACAACAUUUCAAAAUCUAACAGAAGGCUUUUCUUACAUGGAGAAGCCAGAAUUGCAAAGCCAUGUGUAUAAUUAUGCAAAAGAUACCAAUAUAAAGCAAGAUUUAUGUAAGGAAGAAAAUCCAAUGGAAACUAGCAUUUCUGCAAAUAAAGACCAGCUUGCUCAAGAGUGUGUCAGACAGUCUCCUCAAAGUCCACAUCUACUCCAAUGCAAUGGAGAGACACUGCAGUUUGUGGAAAAGUCACUGGCUAAAAGCACAGCUAUGGAAUCUGCCUUCAACCCUAGUCAACCUCAGAGCUUUUUGUAUAAAGAAGGUGUCCUCAGAAAUUAUGAAAACCCAUUUUUUAAGGAGAAUAGCUUUAGGCUGCUUGAUCAGAGAGUUAAUUAUAAAACAGAAGAGACUGAAGUUUCUUCAAAAGAAAUACAAAAUCCUGAGGAGAUUCCUGAGAUGUCAGUCAGUCAGCAGGAAGAAGCCAUAGCAGGAAAUGCGGAAAGCCCAGAGAUUGUCUUAAGUUGGUCUCCAGGCAUCUCCAAGAGUGGGGGAAAUUCUUGGGAGAACUGCCUGACACCUGACACAGAGCAAAGCUUGGAAGGCUUACAGCCUUUAGAAGAGGACAUGGCUUUAAACGAAGCCUUACGGAAAUUGAAAUACACAAACAAAACACAGCAGGUGCAGAUCCAGGACUUCCAGUGUAAGAACCUGCAUUUAGAGAAGAAAGUUAAAGAACUAGAGAUGAAGAUUACCAAACAGCAGGUGUUCAUUGACAUCAUAAAUAAGCUAAAGGAAAACAUCGAAGAAUUAAUUGAAGACAAAUACAACAUAAUCCUAGAAAGGAAUGAUAUUAAGAAGAAAUUACAGAAUUUGCAAGAGAUUUUAGCUAACACCAAAAAACGACUUCAGGAAUCCAGGAAAGAGAAGGAAAUCUUACAGCUAGAAGUUAAAAAAGUCAAGGUCGGUUAUAUUCGUUUGCAGGAAAGGUGCAUUACUGAAAUGCAACAGAAAAAUAGAUCUGUAAAUCAGUGUAUAGAGAUGGACAAAACGUUAAGCAAGAAAGAAGAGGAAAUAAGAAGGCUGCAGCAACUUAAAGGAGAAAUGGAGAAAGCUACCACUUCUGCUUUGGACUUGUUGAAAAGGGAAAAAGAGACCCGAGAACAACAGUUCUUGUCUUUACAGGAGGAAUUCCAGAAACAUGAAAAGGAAAACCUGAAAGAAAAACAGAAAUUGAAAUUGAGAAUUGAGAAAUUGAUUCCUCAAGUUAAAAAUUUGCUAUUCACAUGUGAAAAAGAAAAGGCCAAGAAUUCACAACUCCAGCAGCAGAUCAGUGGAGUAAAAAAUGAAAAUGCAAAACUUCAGCUGCAGGUUUCAAAGAGUGUCCCUAAAUUUGAGAGAGCUCAGCUAAUGGAGUCAUUAGAGGAAAUAAUGGAGCCAGUUGUUACCAAGGAUGCUGAGAUGGUACCUUGUAAUUUGUUACUGAAUUGCUCACCUUAUGAAGAAGAGGGCUUGAAUACUACAGAUCUGAAAACUCCUCAGCUGACCUCCAAAAUUCAUAGUCUUCUGACUUUGAUGGUAGGACUUCUCACAUGUCAGGACAUCACCAAUCCUGAUGCAGACCAUUGCAAAGAAAGUGAGAAAGUUAAUGACAUAAUGCUGCAAAAAUUGAAGAGCCUUCAUCUUAGGAAGAUAGAUUUAGAUAAAGAGCUACUGAAACAUAAAGACAGAAUUACAACCUUUAGAGAGUUAAUUGCUAAUGAAAAAGCAUUUCAAGAUCACCUUAUUGAGGUCACAGAUUUUGAUUCUGAUGAAGCCAAGAAUAUCCAAGAUGUACCUCUCUUAUUGGGAGUCAAACUGGAUAAGUACCACAGUCUAAAUGAGGAGCUUGACUUCUUGAUCACAAAAUUGGGAGGUCUUCUGGAGUCAAAAGAAGUUCACUGCAACCGACUCAUUGAAGAGAAUGAUAAUUAUCAAAAAUAUUUAGGCAACUUAAUAAAUAAGGUUACUUCAUAUGAAGAAAUUAUCAAAUGUGCUGAUCAAAGGCUUGAGAUAUCCCACUUCCAAAUAGCACAUUUAGAAGAGAGAAAUAAACAUCUGGAAGAUUUAAUGAGAAGGCCCAGAGAGAGAGCCAGAAAACUGAGACCAAGAUUAGAAAAUCAUCCGAAGUCCAUGACCUUGAUGCCAAAUAUUUUUAAAGGAAAUAGAAAUGAUUUAUUUUAAACAAGACCGAAGAUUAAGCACUAGUCAUUUUCAUCAGCUACUCCAGGAAGAAUUAUUACUAAGUAUACUACUCCAGCUAAUCAUACAUAUGAUGUACUAAAAUCUGUAUACACAAUGAAAUUUUACAUUCCAAAAAAAAUGUGAUUACUUUUCUUCUAAUUUCUUCUUGUGACCAAUCAAACACAUUCUACUUCAACACAGAUGAAUGCAGUGGCUCUUUUGCCAAAUAUUCUCACAGAAUACCCUUCCAUAUUAUCAGGGGCUUAGUGAUGCACAAAGAUUUACUAACAGAUUUCACGUCAGCUGUUUGUUGUGCUAAAGACAUCUCUCCCUCUAGGCUGGAAGGCUCUUCUACCACAAACUCAAUUUAAAAGGACACUACUCUAAGAUCAUUUGGAAUAAAGUCUCAGAUAAAAAGAAAACUAGUUCUUAAGGCCUAGCCUUUAUAAUUUCUACCUUAACACAGUUUUGAGGAAUUGGUUCUGAAUUUCAACAAAGGAGCCAGAGACAACUGAUUUUGUGAAAUGUACCAGAAAUUAAAAAAAAAAAAAAAAAAAAAAAACCAUGUAUUAUCCUUUUGAUAAAACCCAGAACCAGGCUGAAAGUAUGGCUAUUAAUCAAAAUAUACCUUGAAUGGAAAGGAAGAAAUUAUUUUAUCUCACAAAAGUUAGUGUUAUGCUUACAUUAUGUACAAAAGGAAAAAUAUAUGUAGAGUAUUUAACCAAUUCUGAUAGAAAUGCUGUAUAAAUAAAAGCUAUUAUUGUUAUUUUUGUUAAGGAAUUGUAUGAGAUAGGUCUUAUAUGAAUUUGGACACAGAACGUUUGAUAAUUUCUCAAAUUCAGAAAGUUGGAACACUUGGGUAGGGAGAUGGCCUACUAGGGCCUCACAUGGGAGCCCAGACCCCUGCAGUCACAUGGCCCUGCAUGGUGGGUGGAACUGACCCAGGGUUUGGAGGGCACUGGGCUCUGAGGUGAAAGAGGAGGGGAAGCCCAGGCAGUGCUGGGUCAACUAGGAUUGGCAUAUUCAGCAAUUGAAUUAAUUUACUUUAAGAAAUAUGUGUCUUAUUUUUUAGUUUUCGGUGGACACAACAUCUUUAUUUUAUUUUUAUGUGGUGCUGAGGAUCGAACCCAGCGCCCCGCGCAUGCCAGGCGAGCGUGCUACCUCUUGAGCCACAUCCCCAGCCCAUGAAAUAUGUGUCCUAAUGGUUAAAACAUAAACUGAUUAAAUUUGACUUUUUUAAAAAAAGCACAUAAAAAGUUGGAACAUAACUAGUAACAAAUUAAACCAUGAGAAAUAUACAAUGAAUUGAGCAAUCUGUAGCAGUAACUGUUUAAUUUCAGAAAAUUAAGCAUUGAAAACUUUGAAGUGAUUCAAGCUGUGAAAAAGAGACAUUUCUUAUUAUCCAUGGGUUUCAUGGGAUCCUGUAGGGAAAACUAAAAUAUGAUAGGAGAAAGGCAACUAUUAAGAUAAAGAUAACUAAGUCUAGUUGAGCACAGUGGCAUACUCGUCUAAUUUCAGCGACUUGGGAGGCUGAGGUAGGAGAAUUGCAAGUUCUAGGCAGCCUUCACAAUUUAGCGAGGCCCUAAGCAACUUAGCAAUACUCUGUCUCAAAUUAAACAGUUAAAAGGGCUGGGGAUGUAGCUGAAUGAUAAAGUGCUUCUGGGAUAAAUCCCCAGUACCCACAUAAAAAUAAAAUAAAAUAAAACAGUUAAGCAGCCGGGAUGUUGCUCAGUGGUAGAAUAUCCCAGUAUUGUGGUGGGGAGGGGGAUAGCUAAGUCUGGAAUCUGCACACAAAUGGGAUGAAAUAGGUGGAAAGAAAGCAGUAACCCAGAUUGUCUACAAAUAGGGCUCUGUGAACAAAUACUGAUUUAAUGGGUAUUAUGAAACAUC